GAUCAUCAAAGUGUUAUUUCGGGGGCUUUUGAGGAGAGAGAUAUAAAUGGAAAGAAAAGCAGGCAGUUGUGAAGAAGAGGAAAUAGGGCAGAGUUCAAGAAUUUCCAUUAAUGGAAACCAUGAUGAUCAUUAUGAAGAUGAUAAUAUUAAGAAGGAGAUUUCUUCCCAUUCUUUGUUUGGACUUUUGGUCAAAUCCCACUUGGAUUGCUUGAAGUUGUGUUUAGGCAACAUGGAGAAGAUCAACGACGACGACGACGACGACGACGAUGAUCCAACGGCACCGGUGCUUCCAGGUCAUCUCGGGUUAAUCACAGCCGGUCGUUCUGAGCUGGAUCAGUUCAUGGAAGCGUACUGUACGACAUUGAGAAAAGUGAAGGAAGUGAUCCGAGAACCGCAGCAAGAAUCGAUGGAGUUCAUCAAUCACAUGUACUCCCAACUCCAGGACCUCCUCCAGGAUCUCCCUUCCUCACCCUCCACCCCAAUUUCUCCUGAAAUGGAAGGUUUGAUGAUCAGAGAGAAUGUUUCAGAGGCAGAUUGAUGAUUAUGAAGCUAUUUAUAUAUUACUAUAUGAUUUUGUAAUUUAAGCAAAUAAUUAAAUUAAAUUAAAUUAAAUU